UCGAAGGUAGGCAAAGAAAUAUUUCUGCGUGGUGUUGAUUUCUAUAGCAUCGAUACAUUCAGGUCUUCGAAUUUGACAAACAAAUUUCAACUUGAAGUAUCUUAAGAAUAAAUUACCAUUCGAAGAGGACUUCUGAUCAUGCAUAAUCCUUUGGAUCCUUUGAAAUUUUACUUAUUAAUAUUUCAACAGCACAGUUGAGUGACCAGCGAGAUUUCUUGCGACGUAAGUUUAUUGGCAUCAACUUUAGACGAGUUUUUAGACCAUAUACUGAUUGAAUAUGUUUAUAGGGUGCUUAAAAAAAUAUUUAAUUAAAAAUACUUCGCCGUCUUGUGCGAAGACUCGUUAGAGAUCUUACAAUUUUAGGACGGCAAUGCGACGGCAACGGCUGCCAAUACAAUAGACAUUUGAAAAGAAUCGAGUAAUUACAAUAUAUGAAUAAUUUAGACAUUGCCUCGCUCUGUUUACAACGCUAAAUCGCAGAUUUUCACGUCUUGAUACAUGCACCGGCUGCAUUCCAAGCCACACUAGUGCAACUUCAAACUGGGUUUAGCAGAACUCUUCCCAACCAUAAAACCCAUGUCUUCAACUUCUAAAACUGUAUUCAAUUCAUACGAUUGAUAAUAUACGACGAACUAUCUUUACUACCAUUUAUUUGAAGGAAUUUGUUUUGGCCGUCGUCGUCGUUUUUGAAAGUUAAUAAAACAGCCAAUGAGAGCAAAUUUUGAAAGAUAUGUAGACCAAAUAACUCAAAAUGUUAUAGCGCUUUUAAAUAUUUGGAAAAUUUAAACUAGGAUCAAAGUUACCGGUCAGUGAAAAUCGAAAAUUCGCGUCGCGUUGUCGAAUCGCGUCCGGUGUGUCUGGCGGGACCUUCAGGGAGGUAAUUAUAACGCGUAGGCCCGUUUACACUUGCAAUUUUAAAUACGAUCUUCUUUUGAUGAAUGUGAAUGAGUGGAUGAGUUAUGAAUGUUCAGAUGAGGGUAUAUCAACUCAAAACAUUCGUAACUCGUCUACUCGUUCACAUACAUCAGAAGACGAAAUGCGCACUAGAAAUCGCCGAUGAAAAUAGAAGAUGAAAAUCGCAUCAGAAAAUGCAGUAAACAUUGUAAACGAGCCUUGAGAGAAGGCCUUCUAUCGAAACGUCAGAUGUUUUCAAUUUUAGCUGGAAAUUUUAAUCCGGCUGACUUUGGAGUAUCGGUGCGUGUUACAACACGAAUUCUUGGUUUGCACUUGAUGGUAUCAAGGCGGCCAUUUUGAAGGGACGCUAUUUCACAAGUUUAAAUAUGUGCUCUUCAAUGCAGUUGAUGAGAAUUACAACUCUAGUUCUCGUUUGACCGGGGCACGAGAGUCGAGAAGACUCUCAUGCAAACUCUCGCUUCUUAACUGUCAUCAACUCUUAUGCGACGCCUCUUGUUCUCGUUUGACCAGGGCACGAGCGUCGACAAGACUCUCAUGCAAAUUCUCGCUUCUCAACUCUCAUCAACUCUCAUGCGACUCUUGUUCUCGUUUGACCGGGGCACGAGAGUUGAGAAAACUCUCAUGCAAACUCUCGUUUCUCAACUCUCAUCAACUUUCAUGCAACUCUUGUUCUCGUUUGACCGGGGCACAAGAGUUGAGAAAACUCUCAUGCAAACUCUCCGCGCUUCUCAACUCUCGUCAACUUUCAUGCAACUCUUGUUCUCGUUUGACCGGGGCACGAGAGUCGAGAAGACUCUCAUACAAACUCUCGUUUCUCAAUUCUUAUCAACUCUCAUGCGACUCUUGUUCUCGUUUGACCGGGGCAUGAGAGUCGAGAAGACACUCAUGCAAACUCUCGCUUGACAACUCUCUUAUGUGUAGACCAUUUUUUGUUCAGGUGGCAGAUUUCAUGGGAUACGAUUCACAGUUCAACCAGACGAUAUUAUAGCCCCACCUGGUUCAACUGUCGAACUAAAAUGUAAUGCACGGUACAUACCGGAAAAACUUAACUUUGGAUGGAUUCUUAACGAUUCUGAACUGGUUCUGUCAAAUGUGGUUCCACGAAAAACAUUUGUGUAUGAUCUUUCUCCAAGUAAUGGCAAUUUGAGAAUUGAUAAUAUCAGUGGCGAGGCAUAUGGGGUGUACCAAUGUGUGGCCAGGUAUUCUGGCGGGACGAUUAUCAGCAGGAAGGCACAUGUUACGAUGCCAUGUAAGUACAUUUAUAACUGUGAGUUAUGUCCUAUGUAAAACACGAGCAAGAAUGCUUUACCAGACAUAAAACAGCAGGCGACAGCCGAGUGUUUUAUAUCUGAUAAAGCCUUGACUGUGAGUGUCUUAAAAUUUAAAUGCCUUCAAAAACUACCCAUCUUAUGAGUUCAUUGGUGAAGUAAUUUUUUAAAAAUCAACGUUGUCUAAGCCGAGAAAAUCAAGGCUAAAGUUUAUGUAAAUGAACAUGAUUUUUUUAUCACAUAUAAAACCACUGACACGGCAGUGAUUUCCUUUGUCUUUUCUUUAUGACUUAUUAAUGAGUUUUUUUAAUGGUAUUUAUUUGUUUGAUAGUUAAGUUCUAUCAGUUCUAAACUGUUUGCCCUUGAGGCUCAGUAAGGAUCAUCUCUUAUUGGCAUCCAGUAUUCACUACAGGAGGAAACUUGUACUAAACUAACUUUAUUUAUACUGGAUAGCUCCAUCUGUCCAUCAGUUCUAAACUGUUCUUCCUAGAGCUCCAGUAAGGUCUAUCCCUUAUUGAUCCAGUGUUACUGCAGGAGGAAACCUAAAUAGUAAUCUAACUUUAUUUAUACUAGAUAGCUCUAUCAAUUCUAAACUAGUCCAAUAAGAGUCAGGCACUGACAUUUAUCCCGUUCUUAACAAAAACAUUUAAUUUAAUCUCGCAGAUUUGUACAAGAUAAAUAAUCAACCCGCAACAGAUAUCAUUUGUAACGAAACAUAUCCAUGUGUACUCAAACCUCAUAGCGUAAUCAGUUUUCCUGAACCAAGCUUCGCAUGGGAAUACCGUAGAAAUAGCAACGAAACUUUCUCUGAGAUUGAGAAACUGCAUGGCGGAUCAGCUAUGUUUCCUGUGUCUCUUGAAGGUCAUUUGUGUAUUCUUGGUGUAACUCGAGGUGACCAAGGGCAGUAUCGAUGUAGGAUUAAUAAUACUGCUGGAAUUGUGUAUGAGGUUUAUAAUGUUACCAUAGGUAAGAAGAGAUGA